AUGUCGAAUAAAACGAAUAGAAAAGUGCAAUAUUUGGCGGGCGUGUGUGCGGCGUUCUCAUUUACAUUUACUGGAGCUACACUGGCGUGGUCGUCACCGGCGAUUCCAAAGUUCAAAAGUGGUGAAGCGAAUGUUGUUAUCACUGAUACGCAGACAUCAUGGGUGGUGUCUCUGCACUCCGCGGGAGCACUCCUCGGUUGCUACUUCGGGCAAGUGUUAAAUGAAAGGGCUGGACGUCGCCGUACAUUCCUGGGCUCAGCCGUGCCGGGCCUCUUAGGUGCGACUCUCUUACUGAACACGACAAUGCCUGAACUGAUGUAUGUGGCCAGGUUCAUGAUGGGACUCGCAACUGGUAUUAUAGCCGUGGUAACAAUGAUAUAUGUAACAGAAAUAUCGGACAAAGAGAUAAGAGGAGCCUUAGGUAUGACGGUGCAAGUGAUGAACAACUUGGGAAGCCUUACAGUGUACAGCGUUGGACCAUUCGUUUCAUACAAAACCUUGAACUGUAUCAUACUGAUAAUACCCGUCUGCUAUGUCCUGCUGUGUCUUUGGAUACCAGAGUCGCCUUACUACCAUCUCAAGGAUGGAAGAAUAGAAGCUGCCAAGAAAGAGUUUAUGAGACUUAAAGGAAAUCAGGAGGAAAGUUUGUUAGAAGAACAGAUGAAUGUAAUGCGGGCACACGUGAGAGAGAGCAUGGAAAAUAAGACCACGUUGAGAGAACUCCUCACCAACAUGCGGUAUAGGAAGGCUGUAUACAUUGUCACAGGGUUGAAACUAUUGCAGUACAUGACUGGUAUUCUGGUAAUACAGUCUUAUUUGGAGCCUAUAUUUAGACAGAGCAACUUCGUGUCGGGGCCCAUCGCUAGCAUCGUGUAUGGGUUCGUGCAGUUGGGAGCAGGGAUCGGUGCAACAUUCUUAUCAAGAUGGUUCGGGCGGCGGAUUCUUCUAUCCAUAUCAUGUCUCGGAGUGUCAAUCGCAAUGACAUUGGUAGGCCUGUACUUCUUCCUUCAGGACACGAUACAAGUCAGUGUAGAAACUUCACGGGCUAUCUCGUGGAUGCCACUCGUCGGUAUUCUAGGGUUCAAUGUACUCUACGCAGUCGGUGUCGGGAACCUACCUUAUGUACUUCAAGCAGAAUUGUUCCCGGUCAACGUCAAAGGUGUCGCUUCAAGUACAGCCACAAUGUUAGCCUGUAUCCUAAGUUUCCUAGUCACAAAAUGUUACCAGCAAAUGAAAGAUGCCUGCGGCCAUUACAUGGUCUUCUGGUCUUUUGCUUUCAUAGGCUACGUCGGCGUGUUCUUUAUAUACUUCUUUGUACCAGAGACGAAAGGUAAAACUUUAGAAGAGGUUACAACUAACAUACAAGAGCAGCGACCCGAGGAACAAGCGCUGAAUACGGAGAAGAUUGAAAAGGCCUAA